AUGUUCGCCAGCCUGCAGGAGGUGCCGGUGAAGCACGUGGUUGUCAACAAGGUGGUGGAUGAGUCUGUAAAGGAAGGCUACAUUCAGCGGUUGUCCAAGGGACAGCGGCGGGGGUGGAGCAGCUGGAGCAGUCUUGACCCUGACUUCCUCCGCGCUUGGUGUUGGGACGUGCGUCCCGGGCACACGGGUGGGGCUUUUCUCGCGUCGCUCGUGCCGCAAGUUGCCAAGGGCGCGGCCGGGGUUUCUUUGACCUUGGGGCCCUACUUUCACGUCAAGGUCCCCAACGUGUACGGGUUGAGAUUCAUGGGGCAAAAUCUGUUCGCGCCGAGAGACAAGGGGUGAAACAAGAACCUGUAGUAAAAUCAUCCACCCGGUGCAGCUAGUCCGUAGACAGGAAUCGAUGGCGGGCGUCUGGCUCCGAGGACACAAGAGAUUGACAAAUCGGCGCGCGGCUUGAGGUUGGUUGGUGACAGCUACGGUGACGCUGUUGAGAUUGGCACGAGAUAAAUCCCGACGCAUGUUUGUGUCGGUUCACGAUGCAUGUAUCGUUCUGUGUUUGGAGCUGUCUGUGUGGGAUUGGGCCUGACGUGUGGUGACGCCGGUGGUCGGUUGUAGAUGCUGUUGUUGACGCGGGCUCUUCGCUACAAACAGGACUUUUUUUUCUGUCUCGAUGCGCAUGACGUUUUUUUGUCUGUGAUUGCAGAGGCGCCAGCUAGAAUGAGUAUUAUAUUGUUGUAGGCGGGAUUUGGUUUUUCGCAAGGCUGCUAGUUUGCCUGUUUAUUUUACCCUCUGGCGUUUGGAGUAGUUUACAUGUGGCGGCACCACGCGAGCUGAGGGCGGGGGGGGGAUCGGUCGCUGCCUGCGAGACCUCCACCACGUGUUUUAUCUGCACUGAAACGCGUUGGGAUCGAAAACGAAGAGUCCAACCAAGCGUGUGUGCAUGUGCUCCAGGCACAUCAUCCCUAUCAGUGCCAUCGCGGGAAGGCCUUGAUUGUCUCAACAUCUGCAAUAAUAGCGGCUGACUCUGGGUUGUUCGCACGAUUAGUAUUCCCACCAACACCCUUCGAUGAUUGUUUGACGGCAGACAUUGCGGGGAACUGUGGAGAAAUUCCUCGUGUGGGAUGAGACCCGGGGGAUAGUGCGCCAGAGUCACAAAAGGAUAUGGAGUGGCGCCCUGAAUAAUUGGGACGAAGAGAGAACUGCUUGAAGUAGUAGUUUGUUUGCCUAUUUUGGGCCCAACCUGGUGAGGUGUUUUCUUUUGUUCCUUUCGGUCAAUAUUUUCUUCUCUUG